GUCGUGCCCGUCCACGGCCUGGCUGUAGCUGCGGUACCGCAGCAGAGACGCAGUCGCCGGGAGCGCCGAGUCAGCAGCGGCGGCGGCGGCGGCGGAGCCACCCGAGGCCAGGACGCUACCAGCUCCCCGGAUGGGACAGAGCCUUCCUCUGAUUGGACGACAGGAGCAGUUCAGGUGUCAGGAGCGUCGGUCCAGACGACAUGUGUGACCGGCCAAAGAUCCACGUCUUCCUGGGGGCUCCUCCUCCCUCCUCCACCCCAGCCUCGGUGUCUGAGGCUGGGGCGGAGAGUGACCAGCAUCCACCUGCCGACUGGAGACACCUGGAGCUCACCUGGCGGGAAGGACGUCUGAGGCCUGCUACAGACGAGGCUGGAAAUCGUCUGGUGGAGGAAAGAGUCAGCCAUGAGGACGUAGAAGCUGAUCAAUCUAAGCCCAGUUUACAAAGCCAGGAUGAUGAACCAAACGCUGAUCAGGAUGUCUCUUCCUCUAAAGCUGAUUGGACCACGAAGGCAUCACGAGGACAGGAAGAACGAGCGCUGGUAGCGAACACAGAUCAAGAAGAUCUCCGCUCUGAUGAUCACAGACCUGCAGAGAUUGGAGAUGAAGAGACGAAUCCCGAACAGGAAGUUCAGUGUUCGUCUUCAGUCCUCGAGUAUCUGGACAGCUGUUUCCCUGCAGCUCAGUCAGAACCACAGAAACCAGAACCUGAACCUCCACAUCAGUCGUCACCAGCCGACCCUCCUCUGUCCGCCCAGACUCACUACCUCGCCACUUGGACUCUGAGUCAGGCAUUAAUCCUGAGAGGCAGGUGUGGCGUCCAGUCAGCAACCAGCCCUGAGAAAUCCCCGCCUCCCCGAACCCCACCCAAACAUACCAAAAGUCCUCCAUCUGUCUCCUCCAGCACCCCAGAGCUCUUCAGCCCAGUAAUCCCAUCACCCGAAGCCUCCGCCGAACUCUUCAGCCAACCCUGCCUGACCCCGAGGGUGCAGGAAGGAGGUGUCGUUAUCGAGGCCACCACAGACGGAGUGCUCUGCUCCCAGGAGGCUGAGCAGCAGACCACUCAAGACUCCCCGUCUAAAUCCCCCGAUCUCAAGAAAGCUCGAAUCUCAGAAAACCUUGAAGCAUCUGCGGUGUCGACCGACAGCACAGCCACUACUGCCGCCACCACCACCGCCGCCGGGCUUCAAGGUCCCACCACACUUCUGAUCCGCUGUGACAAACGAGGUGUUCGGUACUCAGUUCUGGUGGCGGUCGUCCAUCCCUGCCACCUGAAGGAGGUCAAGGUUAGGUCCGGGCCGGCGGCAGGGACCUCCGUUCCUCUGGCAUCCAUCGUGGUGAUGGACCAAUCAGGUGUUGAGAUGAAGGUGGUGCUGUGGCGGCGGGCGGCGUUCUGGGCAUUGACCGUCAGUCCUGGAGACAUUCUGCUCAUCACAGGACUGCAGGUGAAUGAAGACAGGUGGAGAGGGGAGACGGUGCUGCAGUCGACCUUCAGCAGCAAACUGCUCAACCUGGGACAGAUCACUGCCUCCGCCUCACCACCAGCUCCUCAGCAUGUUAACGCUCGCACUCUCAGCUCUCUAUGUGGCUUUCUUCGGGAGCGGCGCCCCCUGCUGGUGUCUUCAAACCUCCGCCCCCCUCAGGACCUGAACCGCCUCCCCUACGCCACCCUGACGUCACUAAGGGUCAACACUCUGGUCCAUGCCCUGCUGCGCGUCACUCAUACACACAUCAGCACAGCGUGGCGGAGUGAGGCUGAGUCUCGCUGCAGGUCGGCUGUUCAGCUGCAGGCCGUUCUGACUGUGGAGCAGCCGGAUGGUCAGCAGGGGGCGCUACUGCUGUGGGGAGCAGCUGUGAAGUGGCUGCCUCGCUUCAACAGAGACAAAGCGACUGUCUGGGACUUCCACAUCCUCCUGGUGAGGGAGAGUUUGAACUCUGACCUCCCUGAGCUGCACUCCACUCCCUGGAGCUCUGUCAGGCCUCUGGACCCCGCCACGCGGCGGGUGCAGGACUUUCUCCAACCACGAACAGUUCGAGUAGGAAGGAGCAGUCUGGAGCUGGACCUCGACACCCUGCUGUCUCAGAAAUACAGUGGUGACGUGGAGCUAAGAGUAAAGAUCACCGCCUUCCACUUUAAGGAUUCUCCACCUUCCCAGAAUGCACCUCAGCCAGUCCUGGACAGCGCCACACCGCUGGAUGAUAUCCUGGCAGCACUGAACGGUGACAUCACCUACACUGGCUGCGGUCGCUGCUCUGCUGAGCUCGAUACAGACACCAACGGCAUCUACAGCCCCUGUUACCCCUGCCUGCCCCACACCGCCGUACGCCGCUACUAUAGGCCAGGUGUGCUGAGAGUGAGUGGGCGGGCCAACAGGCAGGUGUGUGUUCAGGUUCCUCCUGUUCCGCUGCAGAAGAUCCUCGAAGCUCCGCCUGAUAAACUCCACAAGAGCUCAGCUCCGGGCUCAGAGGUGAAGCACAUCCAGGUGGCAGCAGAGAGGAUCCAGACCCUCCUCUCCCUCCCAAGAAAAACCUUCAUCAUCACUGUCCAGAGCAACUUCCUGUGUGACGAAAACAGUGUCCCCAUCAGUCAGGACUUCACAUUGCUGGACCUUCAGUUCCCCAGCUGAUGGACUGCGUAUGACAAACACCCAGACCAGAUCCCAGCUGCCUCAGUGUGGACUGGUUAGAUCUGAUACAGGAUGUUGGGAUUGAGCUCAUCAGUGGGAUCGGGAUCAGGACCUGGUCCAGGUUUUUUAUGUAUCAGGUUCAUAAAGCCUGAUUCAGUUCAGAUUUUUUUUUAUUGUUAACCCCUCCCUCAAACACCAGUUGCCCAAUCCCAGUCAAGCUUUGCAUUGUGUCCAUACACGUUGUGGAGCAAGAGUGCUUUUCAAGAGUUCAGAGGGUGGUGAACUUUUCUUUUUAACUCUUCCCUAAACCACAAGAGGAAAAUGUAAGAAAUGAAUUAAACACUGUGUUUAUCUGCUCUAUUGUGAGCUGCUGAUUUUAGCAUGACCAGCCAACCUAUAAGGACAAGGAGGCGGUCAUUAGCUAACAACAUCAGUUUGUGGGGUUAAAGAGUCAUGAAUCAAUUCAUGGAGCUGAAGUUCGCGUGAUCAGCUAGUGAGCUCGGUUAAAGGUAAAGGUCACUCAAAAACAAUAAAAUGUGAUGCAGUACUCACCUCAGGAGAGGAAGAACUUUUUCAUAGCUCUAAGAAACCUGUUUGUUCUGUCAGCACCGUCAGAACAAGGAAUGAUCGUAGUUCUAAGAACGCCGAUUUGAGGGACUUUUUUAGCUCUUGCAUCAGAGCAGGUACCCUUCGAGCACGAGAGGAACCUGAGUGACAUAGGUGUACGUUGACUGGUCAAACACAGCAAAGGAUGCACCAGCAACCGCCAUUUAAAAAAACAUGUUAGCCGUGUAAACAACGGAGAACACAAAACAUGAGCAACAGGUCGUUGCAAAAAACGGACAGUGAAGUCCAGACUUUACUGAGCAAAUAUGUCAAAGCGAAAGUAACAUUGCUACACUGACCACCGCUCGGAUUACGUUACUCCAGCGCUCCACAGAAAUUAAAGUACGUAGUUCUCAGGGAAGCUCCCCUGAACUGUUUGGUUUGAAAAUGCUUCAUGGUUCCAGAAAAAGUUUUCUAUUAAAUGACAACCUCAAAGUGCAAACAGACUUUGAAAGAAGCCAAACGAAAGACAGUUCCAAGCCCUCAUAGGAUGAUCAUCUAGAAAAUUCUUUGUUCAUUAACACUUUAGUGAAAAUAAUUGUGUUUUGAUUUCCAUCAGCCCAUAAAUGGAUACAAGACACUUUGAUAACACUGCUCAGGAAUUUUGAUAAAGUUUUUUGGUGUUUUUCGUUCGGUAUUCGUCAAAGUCUUCUUAACACCAUUCAAAAACUUUUUCUGGGAUCACGCAGAGCCUCGGAAGGUGAGAACCAUACUAACAGUCGACCAAACGUUAGUCGACCAGAAAGGUCAUUAGUCAUCAAGAUUUCAUUGGUCUCUCAGUCACAGAAAAAACAAACAAACAAACAUGAAACUCUAUCAGGAGCUGCACCUCGUCAAAAUAAAUCCAAACCUAUAUGACUGGAGCAUGUGUGACUUUACUUUGAAAGGACAGACACAGGAAGUGUCCACGCUCAGCAGUCAGACAGGAGUCAGGUUAAUCUCCAGGGCUGGUACCUGCGGUUAUUCCACAGGCUAGUUAAUAACAUGUCGGGCAGGAAAUCCAAAGUGUGGGAUCAUUUUGAGAAGGUGAAGGACGAACCCAAGGUGAUAUGUAAACUCAUCUUCAUUGGUCGACUACAAACAUGACGUAUCAUCUGAAACAUGGAAAUAGCUACAUGCCCAUUAGCCCACAGCUUUAUAUUGCUUUCAGGUGGACUAUACCACAUGACGGCUACAUCCACAGUUUGAUUUCCAGCUGUAGACCUGUGUUGCAUUUCCCCUCUCUCUACCCUCCUCUUCCGUCUGUGUCUGUAUGAAUUGUCAAAUAAAGGCAAAGUGCCAAAAAAUAAAUCAAAGUUUAUGUUCAGCUAAUCUAAAAUCAUGGCUACAGAUGAUCAAAUCUGCCAACAAGAGUUGUUAUUUCACAAAACUCACCAGCUAGAAUUGAGACACUGAGGAUUUAAAUGGUAAAUCUGCCACUGUUUUCAAUGUAAACUGCAUUAUGUCCCAAUAUGAGAGAGGUAAGGUUGACUGGCUUAGAAGAUGGUCAGCUGUCAAUAAACCAAAUCUGAACUGAGAGUCGUCUGUGUUUACACACUGACUUGCCUCCUAUUGAAGCUAAUUUUGCAGCUCAGGUAUCAAUAAUCUUGUCAACCAUCAAGUAUUUGUAGAAAUAAUUUCCACCAUCUCCUACGGACUGAUUGGAGGUCAUUGGAUUUCAGAAUAUCAUAAAAACAUUUUGACAACUCUAAACAUGCGUCCGUGUGUCAUAUUAAUAAAAGAGGUAAUCAUCUGUAAACACAUUUAUAUUCUUGAUCUUUUGAUUUCUUUUGUACUAAAAAUGAAAGUGUAAAAAUAUGGUAAUUUUGUUCACCAGUAAAUGUGGAUUUGAAAACUGGUAUUUAUGUUUGGUUCAGAAAAAUCUGUGAUCAGUCUUAAAGAAUAUUUUCUCUUAAAUAACAGAAUCAAUACAAAAUCACAGCUUUAAAUGCGUUUUGACAUAAACUAUUCAUUAUAUAUCACCACAAUUAAAAUAUACAUCAAAUUUACUUGUUGAUCUGAUUAAAUCACUUCAUUUUAUGUAAUUUACUAGAAACACAAGUGUCCCUGAAAAUUUUUUAACCCAUUACUUCAAAAUUUUACAUUAGUACCUCAAAAUUUGGCAAAGUAAACCUCAUGUGUGCUUAAAAAGCAUGUGAACUUUAAACAUUUAAUAUCAACAUGGAAAACCUGUAGAAAUCAAGUUACUGGCAGUUUUCAGUUUUAGGUUUUUGCCCACGAUACAAAUCAGUUAAGUUAAUCAAUCAAUAAAUAUUGAGGGUGAUGUAGCAUGCUGAGCUGUCACUGUACGCUCACUACGAUCAACUCACACAACUUUGGAUAUAAGUUGAGGGAUAGUUCAACAUUUUGUGAAGUUAGGAAAGUAAAUAUAAAGGACAGAACUGGAGUCAUGACGAGGUUAGCUUAGCUUUAGGAGAUGAAGUACGUGUCCUGAUAAACAAAGAUGUUCAUCAGUGAGCUUCAGGGGUGUUGGUAGCUGUAUUCUUUCACUUUGGACUGAGCUAGGCUAACUGUUUCCCCUUGUUUCUACACUUUAUGCUAAGCUAAGGUGACCCCGUCAUAAAUCCAGUGAACCCUGCCUCUCACCCAGUGUCAGCUGGGAUAGGCUCCACCCCCCCCGACCC